CCGCACCACAUAGACCCGUCUGCACCCAGCACCGCCGCCCCCUCGGCCACCCCACCCCGAGGGCAGCAGCAUGGCCCAGCAGCGCCACGCCGUCCCCCCGUCGCUCAAGACGGAAGAGGAUUACAUCCCCUACCCCAGCGUGCACGAGGUGCUGGGCCGGGAGGGGCCGUUCCCCCUCAUCCUCCUGCCGCAGUUUGGGGGUUACUGGAUCGAGGGCACCAACCAUCAGCUGAGUGCGGCACCCGAGUCCCCCCCGGCACCCAGCGCCCGCGCCAAGCUGGAGGGGAACCACACGGCCAAGAUCUACCGCAAGCACUUCCUGGGCAAGGAGCACUUCAACUACUACUCCCUGGACCCAGCCCUGGGCCACCUUGUCUUCUCCCUCAAGUACGAUGAGCAGGAGCACCUCCACCUGCUGCUGCGCACCCGUACCCGCACCCUGCACGACGUGGUGCCCAUCUCCUGCCUGGCUGAGUUCCCCAACGUGGUGCAGAUGGCCAAGCUGGUGUGCGAGGACGUCAAUGUGGAUCGCUUCUACCCUGUGCUCUAUCCCAAGGCUUCGCGCCUCAUCCUCGCCUUCGAUGAGCACGUGCUCAGCAACCACUUCAAAUUUGGGGUCAUCUACCAGAAACUGGGGCAGACGUCAGAGGAGGAGCUGUUUGGCACCACAGAGGAGAGCCCGGCCUUCACUGAGUUCCUGGACGUGCUGGGGCAGCGGGUGCAGCUGCGCGACUUCAAGGGGUUCCGGGGGGGGCUGGAUGUGACCCAUGGGCAGACGGGCAGUGAGUCCAUCUACUGCCACUUCCGAGACAAGGAGAUCAUGUUCCACGUCUCCACCAAGCUGCCCUACACCGAGGGGGAUGCGCAGCAGCUGCAGCGCAAGCGCCACAUUGGCAACGACAUCGUGGCCGUGGUGUUCCAGGACGAGAACACCCCCUUCGUGCCGGACAUGAUCGCAUCCAACUUCCUGCAUGCCUUCGUGGUGGUGCAGCUGGAGCAGGGCAGCCACCAGGGCCCCCUCUACAAGGUCUCCGUCACUGCCCGUGAUGAUGUCCCCUUCUUUGGGCCGCCGCUGCCUGACCCUGCUGUGUUCAGGAAGGGCCCCGAGUUCCAGGAGUUCCUGCUCACGAAGCUCAUCAAUGCCGAGUACGCCUGCUACAAGGCAGAGAAGUUCGCCAAGCUGGAGGAGCGGACGCGGGCGGCGCUGCUGGAGACGCUGCACGAGGAGCUGCAGGCUCGCAGCCAGGCCAUGCUGGGGCUGGGCCCCGAGGACGAGCGUCCGGACAACGGCGCGGCCGCCCCGGGCUUCUUCGAGUCCUUCAAGUCGCUGCUGGUGCCCGGGAGCCGGCGCGGACGCCGCGGCAGCGCCAUCGGGCUGGGCUCGGUGGAGGAGGCGCUGCUGGUGCCCGGGAAGAGCCCGUCCCGGCGGCGGCCCGGCCCGCUCGGCUCCCGCCGCUCCAGCGCCAUCGGCAUCGAGAGCAUCCAGGAGGCGCCGGCCGGCAGGGACGGCCCCGCAGCCACCCCCGAGGGCGACGGCUCCGCGCACAGCUCCCCCGAGAGCCAGCGGCAACAGGACAGGGAGAAGCCGGAGCCGCCGGAUUUCUCCCGUUCCUCCUCCAGCGGCAGCAGCUUCGGCAGCGCCCCCGAGGAGCCGAGCGAGCCGGGACGGGAGAGCCGCUCCCCAUCGGGGACCCACCGCGACGCCUUCACCGACACCCCAUGGCCGGAUGAGCCCCCCGGCACCCCCACAGGCCGACGUCCCCCUGAGUCCCCCUGCCCCGAGAUCAAAAUCCAACUGGAGCGGCCCCCCCCUCAUCCGGGCUCAUAGUUACCCCCCCCAUCCCCGGGGGGUGUCAACCCCCCCCAUGUGCAAGGAGUUGAAGCCAUCGUCCCCAAUGUAGGAUUUGGGGGGACCCCCCCAAAAUGGGGGUGUCCCCACCCUCCAGACAAUCUCCAUCACCCCAAAUCCCCCUGGGGGGGGUGAUGGACCAUGAAGUCCCCCCCCUGCUGUCACCCCAAAAUGAAGACCGGGUCCGACCCGAGCAUCACCCCCUCCCUAAGGAAAACGGGGGCUCAGAUCCAGGGUAAACCCAAAGUGGGGAAUCCCCCGUCCCCCCCUUUAUUUUAAGGGAAAAAAGCUCCGGAAUGGGUCGGAUGCUGGAAUGGGGGGGGGGGGAGGGGGAUUAUUUUUUCAAGGCCCCCCCAAAUCGUGUUUGUGU